AUGCAGUCUUUGACAGAGGAAAUCCAGAGUUUCUCUCGGACGCGACUGAGGAAGCAGUGCACCAGAGUGACGUCGCUGAGUGGCCGUCGCAUUAUCGAGACCUGGAAGGGUUCCACGAUCACUGUGGUGGAGGACCCUGUCCCCCCGGAGAAAAUGCUGGGAUACGUCCCUGACACUUCCUGGGACGUGCAGGUCGGCAUCAUCAAGCCUUUCCUGCUACUGGGUUCUCAAGAUGCUGCACAUGACUUUGGCACUCUGAGAAAACUCAAGGUAACUCAUGUCCUGAAUGUUGCCUUUGGGGUGGAGAAUGUGUUUCCGGACCUAUUCAUCUAUAAGACCGUCAGUAUUCUGGAUCAUCCCGACACUGAUCUGCUUCCUCACAUCCAGGAGUGUUGUGACUUCAUCCAACAGGCCCACAGUGAGAAGGGCGUGGUGUUGGUCCACUGCAACGCUGGCGUGUCACGUGCACCAGCAGUCAUCAUUGGCUACCUGAUGUCAUGUGAUGGCCAAUCCUUUGACGCCGCGCUCUCAUUGGUGAAAGCAGCUCGGCCCACCGCCUCCCCAAACCCUGGCUUCCUGGAACAACUGAGGAGCUACAAAACACUGACAAUGAAUGGUUCCAAACAUUGA